AUGUCCUACAAUCGUCUCGGCUCAGCGGGCAACGUCCACGACGACGACGACUACUACAACAACAACAGCAGCAUGGAUCCCCGGAGACCCCAGCGGACGCCGUCGCCUGGCAAUCCAUUCCACGGCUACCAGCUCGAGGACCGCCCCUAUGGCAGCUCUGGCGCGCCCUUGGAAAUACCCAUGGGGCCUGGCCCUGGUCCUGGAACGCCAGGUGACCGGUUGGAGGCGCAGCCUACGUAUUCGGUCGAGAACAUCACCAACACUUACGGCCACAACGAACAGUUCGAGGCCAGCCACCAGUACUCGCCAGGAGGCUACCACGAGCCUUAUGCCAUCGACCCGAACGCGCACCACGACGCCUACUACAACGAGCCAUACCAUCCGUCGCACUCGUCGCCGGGGGAGGAACACCAGCAGUAUUGGCAGGAUGAGGCGGACAACCGCCCCAUGCUCCAGCCGGACAAUGCUUACGGGCCCGAUCCCAUGAACCCCAUGAGCCCCAGCAAUGAUCCGGGAGAGUACUUCGAUGCGCCCAAGCCCACGCCGAGUCCUGCGCCGAUUAGGCGGUGGAAGACGGUUAAGGAGGUGCAGCUGUUCAACGGCAACCUCGUCCUCGACUGCCCCAUUCCCCCCCGACUCCUUAAUCAGGUUCCUCACGCUCAGCCGCCUGAGCGUGACGAGUUCACGCACAUGAGAUACUCGGCUGCCACUUGCGAUCCGGCCGAUUUCUACAGCGAUCGUUUUACCCUGCGCCAGCGAUUGUUCGCGAAGCCCCGCCACACGGAGCUUUUCAUUGCAGUCACCAUGUACAACGAGGAAGACGAGCUUUUCGCGCGGACCAUGACUGGUGUAAUCAAGAACAUUGAAUACAUGUGCUCGCGGACGAAUAGCAAGACCUGGGGCAAGGAUGCGUGGAAGAAGAUCGUAGUGUGUGUCGUCAGCGAUGGUCGUGGAAAGAUCAAUCCGAGAACAAGAGCUGUUUUGGCCGGUAUGGGUGUAUACCAGGACGGCAUUGCCAAGCAGCAGGUCAACGGCAAGGAGGUGACUGCACACGUGUACGAGUACACUUCUCAAAUGAGCAUGGAAAUCAAGAAGGGCGUCGUGAAUGUCAAGAAGGGAACUGUGCCCAUUCAGAUGCUCUUCUGUUUGAAGGAAAAGAACCAGAAGAAGAUCAACUCGCACAGAUGGUUCUUCCAGGCUUUCGGCGCCGUCCUCGACCCCAACAUUUGCGUCCUCAUUGACGCUGGAACGAAGCCCGGAAAGGACUCGAUUUAUCAGCUCUGGAAGGCCUUUGAUCUCGAGCCGAUGUGCGCUGGCGCUUGCGGUGAGAUCAAAGCCAUGUUGGUCCAUGGCAAGAAGCUGCUCAACCCGCUGGUCGCGACUCAGAACUUCGAGUACAAGAUGAGUAACAUCCUGGACAAGCCCCUAGAAUCGGCCUUCGGUUUCAUUUCGGUUCUUCCCGGUGCCUUCUCUGCAUACCGUUAUGUUGCGUUGCAGAACGACAAGACUGGUCAGGGUCCUCUGGAGAAGUACUUCGCUGGUGAGAAGAUGCACGGUGCCAACGCCGGUAUCUUCACCGCCAACAUGUACCUUGCCGAAGAUCGCAUCUUGUGCUUCGAGCUCGUGGCAAAACGCAACUGCCAUUGGAUCCUGCAAUAUGUCAAGUCGGCCACGGGCGAGACGGAUGUUCCGGUUGAGAUGGCCGACUUCAUUCUCCAACGUCGUCGCUGGCUCAACGGUAGUUUCUUCGCUGCCGUCUACGCCCUUGCACACUCGCAUCAAAUCUUCCGGAGCGACCACUCAUUCAUCCGCAAACUGAUGUUCCUGAUUGAGUUCGCGUACCAGUCCAUCAACAUGAUCUUCGCCUGGUUCGCUCUGGGUAACUUCUUCUUGGUCUUCCGCAUCCUCACGUCCUCCCUUGGCAACGACGAGUUCCUGGGCACGGUUGGCAGCAUUCUGGCAUCGGUCUUCGAGUGGGCAUACAUCGCCACAGUUGUUACCUGUUUCGUGCUGGCUCUUGGUAACCGACCCCAAGGUUCGAACAAGUUCUACAUGACGAUGGUGUAUUUCUGGGUGCUCAUCAUGGCAUAUUUGAUGUUUGCGUCCAUCUACAUCACCGUCAUCUCGGUCAAGCAGGAGCUGAAGGACGGCUUCUCGGUCUCGGACUUGUUCCAGAACACACUCUUCUUCACGCUCAUCGUUUCCAUGGCAUCGACGUACCUGUUGUACUUCGUUGCCAGCUUCUUGUUCCUGGAUCCGUGGCACAUGUUCACGUCGUUCAUUCAGUACCUUUUGCUGACGCCGACGUACAUCAACAUCCUGAACGUGUACGCGUUCUGUAACACGCACGAUAUCACGUGGGGUACGAAGGGUGACGUGAAGCCCGAGAAGCUGCCGUCGGUCACGACGAAGCCCGGUGGCAAGGUCGACGUGUCUGCGCCCACGGAUGAUGCGGAUCUGAACACGCAGUACGAGUCGGAGCUGCGUGUGUUUUCUACGAAGUAUGUGGAACCAAAGAAGGAUCCUUCGGCGGAAGACAAGCAAGAAGAUUACUACAAGGGCUUCCGUUCUUCGGUUGUGCUGUUCUGGAUGUUCUGCAACUUGGCGCUGUGCGCUGUGGUGCUUGUUGCUGCCGGUGUUGAUGUCUCGGUCGGAGACGACGAUGUGUCGGCAGCGAAGUCGCAGCGUGCUAAGAUCUACAUGAGUGUGGUCCUCUGGAGUGUGGCUGGUCUCAGUGCGUUCAGGUUCACUGGCGCUAUAUGGUUCCUGGUUGUUCGGAUGUUCCGCGGUGUCUGA